GUCGCCUGAAGCACGCUUUUUGACAUCUUUUGUAUCUCUCGCAAUGGCGGAUGGAUUGAAACAAAGAGAAAACUUAUAUAAGCUGAUGAUAAGUCAGCUCAGAUAUGAUGGAUUUGAUGCCAUUGCAAACAAUUUGGCCAAAGUUGUUAACAUCAUCAGUGCAUGUCCUCCUAUGGCACGGCUGUAUGAAGUUGUUAAUCUUGGAAUUCAAGCUGAAACAGAAGGCACGAGACCUGAACCUACAGUCCUUCCUGGGCUAACGCCAUCAGUUGAAACAAGCAGAGGAGUUGAUUUGGAGUACGAACCAGAAGGGAAAGAAGUAAAUGGAGAAUGGCAAAACUCCACUACUGAUGAGUCUUUCAUGAGCAAUCUUGAACUUCAAAAAGUAGACCAAGAUUGUGAGAGUGAGCCAGAGGAGAAACCAGAUGAUUCCCCCUCGGCAAGCAUGGUUCUCAAUCACAUUCUAAGAAUAACUUCUGACAAGAAAUUCGCAGAGCCUCCCCAAACCCUGAAGCCCGCUGCAGCAGCAGAGUCCUAGACUGGAAAUGGGCAUGUGCUCGAUACAGAGAGCAUUUGUGAACAAGUUAAACUUGAACUUGUUAAGUAUAAUAUUUCCCAAGAGGUGUUUGCCAAAGCAGUCUUGGGAAAAUCGCAAGGAUAUCUCUCUGAAAUGCUUAAACAUGGUGAGAACUUUUUCCGCCCACAAGACAAUACACACUACAAGGGUUGGAUGAAUUUUGAGAUCAUGCGGCAGUUCCUUCAGAGACCAGAGGCUGAACGCCUAAGGAUUUAUUACCAGAAGGGAGAGGAGUUGAAGAGGGAGAGGAUGAAACGUAGACAGAUUGAGAUAGGUCUGUCUGAUGAUGCACUCAGGAAAAGAAGACACUACAUACGCACAGAAGCCAAGGCUGUCAUGGAGGAUCAUUAUCUCCGCAGCAAGUACCUUUCAUUGGAGAAGCGCCAAACCUUAGCAAUUCAGCUGCCCAUACCUGAACAGUGUGUCAGUGAUUACUUCAAGAAUCUGCGAUCCAAGAAGAAACAUGAGGAGCGAAUGAAGUGUUUGCUAAAAGGGCUGGAACAUGGUCAAAAACAACCUGACCAGGGGGAUUCUGGAGAUGAAGAUGAAGACAGUGUGGAAAAUGGCUCCAGUGAAAAUCCUGGAUUGUGUUUGCCUGAGAAUUCAGCUGUGCUAACAUCUAGUGCAGCAGGAGAAGCAUCCCCACAAUCACAUGGUCAUGCGCAAUCUCUAAGUUUAAUACAUUCAUGUGGUAGAAGGUUUAAUGUGUCUCCCUCAGUAUCUGCUUCAUCUCCAACUUUUCCAACAUCCUCAGAAAGGAAAGUUUCUGAAACCGAUUUAGUUGCAUCAAAAAUUGCUGCUCUGAGGCAAAGUCAAAAGUCAUUGAACAAAGAGUCUGGUGUUGCCUGUCACCUGCUGUGAGAAGUAAAGACAGUGAACUGCAGGUUUCAAGGACAUCCCCCAUCAGUUCUGUUCAUCGUGCAGUCAGGGAGAGCUCUGCACUCUCUUCCAGCUACCUGUCAUCAUCGCAGACACCUGUGUCCAGGUCUGAAGAAGUGCAGACCUUCUCACUUCAGAGCUUGAUUGAUGGUACCUGUAGUUCUGUCAUGCUCCAGGGGGGGACACCUGAAACUGAAGGACUGGAGGUUGGGCAACAGAUUUAUGUUGUACAUGUUAACAACCCUGUUGUGACAAGUGUUCAGAACUGAAGGCAUCGGAGUUCAAGAAGCUGGCAUCAAGAAAUUUCAAGACAAUUUUCUACAACUAGCAACUCCAUGAUAUGUGAAGAAGACUAUAAUUAAUCAUUUAUUAAUUAUUGAUUAUAACUAUUAAUAAUAAUUAUAGUUACACAAAAA